AUGAAGACUAGGGAACAGUACGAGCGAAGUGGAGCGGCGUGGAUUGUACGUGACUUCCGGGGAAAGGCGCUAGAACACAGUCGUCGGGCCUUCACGGGUUUUCAGUCAAAGCUAGAAGCAGAGCUUGAAAUAAUUGGUUGGGCUGCUGCAGAUUUUCAGUCUCUGCACUGGAACAGAGUGAUCAUUGAAAUAUCUUCAGCUAAAGCUUUAGAAGCGUUGCAGAAUCCGCUUUCCUGUCCCCAUCUCUCCAAUACGAUUGCUCAUGUAUCGAAACUGUUGAAUCAAUACCUCCAUUGUCAUGUUCUAGUGGUGAAGGAAUGUGCUAAUGGAGUGGCAAAUGAGAUUGCAGUUAGUGUCACUAGAGACAGAAGAUAUCAGUCUUACGUUGCACGGGGUGGUCCUAGUUGGCUGUCAAGAAUAAUUCAGGAAGAAGCUGGAGCAUCAGUGCCAUCAUAG